GGCUGCACUGCCACCAGUAGGGGGCCUGCUCACCUGCUGUUCAUCCGGGAGCUUGCAAGGCAUUGCGUCGAUCGCUGUGGGAGCAGUGGUAGGCCGGAAGCCGAAUUAAAGAUUUCUGUGGAAAGUACUGGACGGCGCAGUUUCACGAAAUGGAGUGGAGCCUUGACUGCAAGGUGUAUGUGGGUAACCUGGGGAGCGGGGCAGCCAAGCACGAGAUCGAGGCGGCCUUCACCAAGUUCGGCCCCUUGCGCAAUGUCUGGGUGGCCCGCAACCCUCCGGGCUUUGCGUUUGUCGAGUUCGAGGACUCGCGUGACGCUGAAGAUGCCUGCCGUGCCCUGGAUGGCAGCCGUCUUUGCGGAACAAGAGUGAGGGUGGAAAUGUCCCAUGGCCGAUCGCGCCGUGGCGGAGCUAGCAGGCGCCCGGCUGCACCGCCACCUCGCUACGGAGGUUACGGAGCUAAAAGGUCCAGGGCAUGCGACAUCAUCUCUAACUCUGCCCCCCGAGGGACUAAAGUGACCCAACCUACCACCACCACCACCUUUCUCCUUCGUCAACAACAACCACCGCCACACUUCUAUCUCGCUGCGCGGGAAGGGUUUGCCGCCGACGCGGCUGGCUGAGCCACCAACCCCCUCACCCCCUUGAGAGAGAAAACGUCGGGACGCCGCCCCUGUGCGAGCAAAUCGAGGCAGCAAUGCCAGCGCCAACAGCUUCCCAACCAACACACUUCCGCUGGGGGAUGGCAGCGCAUUCGGUGGCAGACGCCUUCUUCCCUUCUCGUGCCCCCCUUCGCUCGCCACCGCUCGCCUAGCUGGCCGGUCGGCGCUCAACGCUCUUCUUUGCCACUGGCACAGGUCUCGCUCUCCACGAAGGCGUUACUCCCGAAGCCGCAGUCGUAGCCGCUCCCGCAGCUUGCGCAGGUCCACUGGAAGCCGCUCACUUUCUCGGGAGAGGCGUUGACAGGUAGGGCGUUUUAUUGCAUUUCAGGGCACUGCAGAUACCUUCGCAUCGACUUGCCAGCAGAGAGCUGCGUCCUGCUCCGAGCGCUGUUCACACGCCUCUCAGCUUAAAAGCAUUCUCAACUGGCCUUCGCAUCGCAUGUCUCUUCUUGGCUUGUUCGAGAGCCAACAACGGUGUGCAUAGUGCAAGCAUGGCGUCCCAACUGUGCAGGGCCGAGGGCUGGCCACUCUGCUGUGCUGCUGGCAUCCUGCGAUGGACUGUGGGAAGACUGAGGAAGCAGGACAUGCAGUUUCCACCACGUUGCAUGUGUGAUUCCAUAACUUUUUUUUUUUUGUCAUGUUAAGUUUGUUUUCAGCUAAGAAAAAAAGACUACGAAAACAAAAACCUUGGUCAUGAGUGUCGUGUAGCUAUUUCAUAAAUUGGCAAGACAUCACAAUAAAAGCCUUUUCCAACCCCGUCA